ACUAAAAUACUAAAGUAGUCCGAACUAGGCCUUAGUUCUAGUCUUUUUGACUAUAGGUCCUUUUUAUUUGACAUCUGUGGUCGCGUUCACGUCGGAGCACAGAUUAUUUAAAAGAAUAAAUGACAAAGUCAGUAGUUGAUUUUUCAAGUAAGAAUUUAUCUCGGUGAUUUAUUGUGUUUCGAGUUUCGGAUUCCGAUUUUGUUUUCGGCAAACAAAUUGCUAAAUGCUAAUAAAACUGAUCAUCCGUGUCGGUAUACCAAAACUAUUGCAGAUACAUCUAUAAUUCUACAAUUCGAUUUUGAAAACUUGCAAGGAUAAUGCGUUUCCGUGUGUGGAUAUUUUAAAGAUUAAGCUAGCUAAAAGCUAGUCUUUCCAGCAAAAUAAAAUCUCUAAUGGGCUCAAGCUGGCACUGCUAACCAACUAUUAUUCAUAACAUUAAUGUUAAAUAACUAAGUCUUAAUGUUGACUUUAUGCCAUAACUAUUUUCGAGUGACAUCAAAUAACAAAAACCCUAAAGAUGAAGUGCAGAACUUUAGUAAAAGGAAAUUUGCCUUUGGAUUGUUUAUUUUAUUUCUCGUCAGUGUGCUGUGGGUAGUUUCAUCAGAACUAACAAAGUAUAUUUAUGUAGAGAAGAAGCUGGAAAGGCCAUUCCUAGUGACAUAUGUCAGGAGUUCAUUGCUCUUUGUCUAUCUACUAGUAUUAUGCUUCACUCCGCCUACAAGAGACCCAUGUCAGCCAGCAGACUACACACAACUUAAAGAACCUACAGCAGAAACAGACGAUGAAAACUUCUACACAGAAGCUAACAAUAGCUUGGAGUCUUCCAGUCAAGCAGGUUAUUCAUCCCAAGUAGAAGGCCAAACAGCGCGCGAUCUGGGUGAUUCAACAUUCAUCCCCGUGCGUGCUGGAGAAACUACAGACAGUGAUGAUGCUACACCCAGGGCUGUGCGCUUUAAUAAAGUGGCCGAGGUGCGGGUGAUGUCUGCGGCGAUGGCCGGCGAGGCGUUGCUGGCGCGUCUGUCGUGGUCCGCCUCGCUGCGGGCGACCGAGUACGCACAACGCCGCGCAGCCGCCGCUGCAACUAGGAGACAUCUCAAGCUUGCGCUAGUGUUUUGUAUACCAUGGUUCGUGUCAAACUAUCUGUAUCGGCUGAGCCUAUUGCACACGACGCCGUGUUCGGCCACUCUGUACACGUCGACCACGGGGGCCUUCGCUCUGUCCAUCGGAGCUAUAUUCGCUCAGGUGCCGCACGACCGGUUCUCGCUCUCCAAAUGUGUUGCCAUCCUGCUCACUACCGCUGGACUGGUGGUUUUAGGGGUGACUGAAAGCCACCAAAGCAACUGGACGGCGGUGCUGGCGGCUAUAGGCUCUGCCGUCUGCUACGCCGUGCAUCUCAUAUUGUUCCGGCAAGAAUUGAGAAAAGGGGACGGCAUCAAUUCAUUUUUGCUAGUGGGUGUGGUGGGAUGCGCUUGUGGUUGCCUCGCGUGGGUGUUUGGCGGAGUCCUAGCGCUGGGCGGCGUGGAGAAGGCCGAGCUGCCCUCGCCGCGGCUGUGGAGCUGGCUCCUGCUGGACGGCGCGAUAGGCCCACUGCUGAUCGAAUCUCUGUGGCUGUGGGGCCGCUGGCUGACGUCGUCGCAGACGGCGACGGCGGCGCUGGCGCUGACGCUGCCGCUGGGCGCGCUGGCGGAGGCGUGGCGCGGCGCGGGCGGCGGCGCGGGCGCGUGGCGCGCGGCGGCGUGCGCGCUGGCGGGCGCGGGCUGGCUGGCCGCCGCGCUGCCGGCUGCCGUGCCCUCGCCCGCCGCCUGGCUCACCGCGCGACUGCGCGCCGCCGACGGGUUCACGGCAAUAAGAAAUAUAUCAGAACUGGACGAGCAGUCAGAAGCGCUGAUGUCUUCAGACGAACCGACGUAGCGCACACCACGGCAGCGUCUGGACAUCGCUUCUGUUACGUGAAUUGUACAGCACGGGGUUAUGUGUGAACACACCCUUACUCCUAGUCUUUAUUACUGUGUAUAGCAUUUACCUCACUAAGGAUAAUACGCACUACCAUCUUGAAUAAUCUAUGGAUCGUAUCAACAAAAAAAACAUAAUAGAAGGUGAACUGUAUAGCACGGGGUUAUGUGUGAACACACCCUUACUCCUAGUCUAUAAUACUGUGUAUAGCAUUUACCUCACUUAGGAUAUUACACACUACCAUCUUAAAUAAUCUAUGGAUCGUAUCAACAAAAAAAAACAUAAUAUAAGGUAAAUAGCACUAAUGACUUCAGACGACCCUACGUAGCGCACACCACAGCAGCGUCUGAAAAUCGCUUCUGUUAUGUGAACUGUACAGCACGGGGUUAUGUGUGAACACACCCUUACUCCUAGUCUAUAUCACUGUGUAUAGCAUUUACCUCAGGAUAUCUUGAAUAGUCUAUGGAUUGUAUGAACAAAAAAAACACACAAUUUAAGGUAAAUAGAACCAUGUGUAAGAAUUUAGCGAAAAAAAGUUUGCGCUUAUAAAAUAUUGUUUUCGCUUGAUUUGAUAUUAGCAAUAGAACGCUCCUUUGGUUUAGUGAUUAGUCUAUGACAUUGGAGUCAGGUCCAGGUCCGAGCUCUGGGUCGAGCUACGAGUAUUUUUUUUAAGAAUAUUUGCCAUAUCUUCUAAAUAUGACCAAUAUCGCCAUUCCCCUCCAACUAGUCGGGAAAGACCAACGGAGCGGAGAUCGAACCACCACCCCUCGGUGAUGAGUUCAACCGCUCUUACCGUUGAGCUAUUGAGGCUACAAAAUAUGAAAUAUUUAGCUAUUUUUCGUCGAAGAAAUUCUCAAAAUGAACUCGUAAGCUCGGAUUUUGGAAUAAGCACUUGUCACUUUCUUAAAAGGGUCUAUUUGCGUUGUACUAAAUUGAAAAAAAAAAUAUAUUUUUUGUAACAUGAAUACAUAAAAAUUAUAAUUUUUAAAUAUUUUUUGACAAUAAGAGCCAAAACGUGACACAAACAAUGUAACUUUCAUGACGUCACGUUAACACUAAACCUAAAUUAUUACAAUUGUUUGACAAAAUCAUUAGUUAAUAACUUCGAUUCCUUUAUGGCUAAUAAUUAGUUUGUCAUUUAUUCCUUUAGUGACAUCUAGUAACAUUGUGAAGUCACAAAAUGAACGACAUCUUUUUUGACGUUUGGAAAAAUUUAUUAAAUAUGUACAUGAUUUUUACAUUAAGUUUUGAUAUCGAUAUAUGUCGGACCCUUAUUACACGUACUACACGAAAUUAGUAUUAUUUAUAUUAAGUUUUAUAUGGACUCAACUAUCCUAUAGGUGGUGUUACAACCUUUAAUGAGAGCAUGUUAAGCCAUUGGUCCGGUUAUGAAGUCAAAUAUUAUCUAUAGUAUCUAUACAGUAAGGACCUGGAGACAGUGGUGUGCACAAAGCUUUCAACUAGGGUAUGCACUUAAUAUACAAAUUGUGGAAACGGGAAAUUCUGAACUCUAUUUCAAGAACUGUUAAAAUUGCAACGGACAAUAUUUUAUCUUAAAAGAACAUAAAAUAUAGGGCUUAAAACCCAAUAUAAAAAAAAAUUUGGAGCCCGCAUUUUUUUAAAUUAAUUAAUUAAAAUGUAUUUUUUUCAAUGCCAUAAAUUGAGAAUUUUAUCAUGGCAACAUGCUUGUAACUCACACCCCGACAGAUGUCAGUGAUCUUUGCUUAGUAGCGUUCGUACUAUGGCGUUUUUAAAACAAUUUAUGGAAUUUUUUUGUUUAAUGCUUUUCUGUCUACGAUUUAAUGUUUCUUUAGAACUUGUGUCUUAUUGACAUUGCACAUGACAUCGGUUAGGAAUUAAAUUCCAGGUGUUUUUAUUGGCUGUUUUGAACACUUACUGUAUUGUCUAUGUUUAAUUUAUAGACAAGGGAGCGAAACAAAAAAAAAAUAUUUAUCUAAUUAAUGCGGGUUCCAAAAAUUCUGAAAAUCAUUUUCUCAACAGUCAAUAGCAAUUUGUAAACAAUAAAGGCCCAUUUUGGGACAUGUCCUUCUAUUUUCUACAAUUCUUACAAACCAAUAAUUAUGUUAACAUCAUUAGAGCUGUAGAAACAAAGAUAAUUGCGUUAUAACAAAGAUAAUUGAGUUAUAACAAAGAUAAUUGAGUUAUAACAAAGAUAAUUGAGUUAUAACUAUUUUUGUGACCUUUGACCUUGAAAAACUUAGACUCAGACAAGAGAUUUUAUGAGAAUUGAGACAACUAUUACAAUGAAGGUGUACGAAUUUACAGCUUAGUAUCUCUCAUUUCGAGUUGAAAUACUUUUUUGGGUAAAAAUAAAAAAAAAAAUUGUAUUGAGUCUAUUAUAACAGAUCUGUAUCUUUUAGAAUAUAAAACCACUGAAUGACAUAUUAGAACAUAAUAAAAUAUGACCUUCAUAAAUUACAUCACACGAAUUUCAUGAUUUUUGAAGAUGAUCUCAUAUUGUGUGCAUGUUCCUCUUUUUCAUACUUGUAGGUACAUAUAUUAGAAUAAAAUAUAAAGUGAAUGUAUGUAAAUUAAAAUAAAUACCAAACAUUGAGAGGAAUGGUCUUAGAAUUAUUUUCACAUUAACAAUUUAAAAAAAUAUAUUAUUUACUGAAACUUCUAAACGGAUUUUGAUGCGGUUUUCACACAUAUUUUACUUAGGUAAAGUUUUGUGCAUUUGUUUCGAGAUCUAUUUUUGUCUUUUAUUAUUUAAAUAGCUGACACCGCGCGGUUUUACCCUCGUGGUUCUCGUUCCCGUAGGAAUACGGGGAUAGCCUAUAGCCUUCCUCGAUAGAUGGGCUAUCUUACACUAAAAUAAUUUUUCAAAUCAGACCAGUAGUUCCUGAGAUUAGCGCGUUCAAUGAAACAAACAAACUCUUCAGCUUUAUAAUAUUAGUAUAGAUGACGAGGCUAAACCAUUCCAUUCAUUAAAUAGUUUCAGAAAAAUGUAAAAUAUAACAUAUAAGUACUUAAAUGUGUUGUAAAACUAGAAAAAUAUUAUGUAAAUAAAAUGUUUCAACAGUG